AUUUGGAUCAUGAAAUGGGGCAGGGGGAUGGCAAAGGCUGGGGAAGUGUCAGUCUCAAGCUGAACCCUCUGCCCACCCUAUCCCCAGCCGGUUAGCCCCCCUUGUCCUCAGUCUUCCCAUUCCUUUGUCCCUGGGUUCUCACAUGCAAUGAAGUUUGUCCCCCGGUCCCACCUGCCCUCAGUACCAUGCACCACUGACACCCAUCUCACCCUCUCCCCCUCCUCCCACCCCCACUUGCUGUGGCCCAAUCCUGGCCUCCUACUGCUUGCUCUGCUCCUCCCCUGCUGGGGCCUUAAAACCCCACCUGUAGCUGGAGCCUGCAGAGGCCCCAGGUGACACCGCAGAGUUCACUGCUCAGAGGUUUCACUCCAGCACCAGCCAGGAGGGAACAGAGCUCUCCGCAGGUCUGAAAGAGCCUUUUGAACUGGGCCCAGAUGUGACUGCAGGGUGUUCAAAGGGUGACAGCCUCUCAUCAGACACAAGCCACUCAGCUGAGCAGGACCAAGAAACAGGAUUGUGGUAAGUGAGCAGCAGACACCAACCUGUGAGAGGCCCACACUUGUGAAGACUGUUCUAGCUGGAAGACAAAGGAUACCCUUCCUCCUGGGCAUCUGGGCAUCGAGACCCCCAUCCAACACAUCUGACUCCCUGCUGAGUCAACCCGGCUGCCUGAGGCUGAGAAGACUGAACAGAAGGGCAGAUGGCUUCAACUGGCCUUGAACUCCUGGGCAUGACCCUGGCUGUGCUGGGCUGGCUGGGGACCCUGGUAUCCUGUGCGCUGCCCCUGUGGAAGGUGACCGCUUUCAUCGGCAACAGCAUUGUGGUGGCCCAGGUGGUAUGGGAAGGGCUGUGGAUGUCCUGCGUGGUGCAGAGCACUGGCCAGAUGCAGUGCAAAGUGUAUGACUCUCUGCUGGCACUGCCCCAGGACCUACAGGCUGCCCGCGCCCUCUGUGUUGUAGCCCUCCUACUGGCGCUGCUUGGCCUGCUGGUGGCCAUCACAGGUGCCCAGUGCACCACAUGUGUGGAGGAUGAGGGUGCCAAGGCCCGCAUUGUACUCACUGCAGGGGUCCUCCUUCUCCUCUCAGGCAUCCUGGUGCUCAUCCCGGUCUGCUGGACAGCCCACGGCAUCAUCCAGGACUUCUACAACCCGCUGGUGGCUGAGGCCCUCAAGCGGGAGCUGGGGGCCUCCCUCUACCUAGGCUGGGCAGCAGCUGCACUACUCAUGCUGGGUGGGGGGCUUCUCUGCUGCACAUGCCCCCCACCCCAGAUCGAGCGGCCUCGUGGCCCCAGGCUGGGCUACUCUAUCCCCUCCCGCUCUGGUGCAUCUGGGCUGGACAAGAGGGACUAUGUAUGAAGUAGAUUUCUUGCGGAGCCAGCAUUUGAGCUUUGGUUCUACCUUUGCCUUCUCCCACCAACUCCCUACCCUGGGAAAUCCAUUCUUGUAAAGCUCAGAUAACCUGACUCAGGGUCAGUCUCAGCUGGCCCUGCUGGGCCAACCCUCUGGUCCCCACCUCAUUGAACCUGGGCCAAACCUGUUGGGUGCCCUUGCCCAUGCCUGUUCCCUCUGUAAUUACUCUUCUGCUGUCCAUGACAUGAGCUUUCCCCUCCCCCAGGAACUUGGGAUCCACUGAAAGGAUAGCAGCUCCUUGCCUCCAAAAUAAGGAGCCAAACUUGUCCUGGAGCCGGUCCAUUCUGGCCCAGCCAAUACUUGCAUCUAAGACACCUGCGGGGGGCAGAGAUGUAGCUAAGUGGCGCUGCACCUGCCUGGCAAGUGCAAGUCCUGAGGUUGAUCCUUGAUAAGGAAAAAAAAAAAAUUCUUAUGAGACUAAGAUACUUGGGGCCAGGUCCUUUGGGAGC